UUUUUGAACACGAAUCAUACUUUAUAUAAUGCGGUUUUAAUGUCCGAGCAAGAAGGGUCAAUACAAUCAGAAGAAGCUCGAAGGGCAGCUCAUAGCCUAAGGAUUGACUUUGAAAAGGGUGGUAUUCAUCUUCCUACUGAGAAGCUGGAACGAGUUAACCAAUUAAACACACAGAUUGCUCUACUGGGUAGACAGUUCAAUGAAAAUAUCAUAACUGAUCCAGGUCAUGUUGAUGUAUUUCCUGCUUCAUGUAUCCCAAAGAACAUGCAACAUCAUUUCAAGCCCAUCUACCGGCAAUUCCUUCUUGUAGACAAUGAACCGCUGGGAUUAAGAGAUAAGAAAAAAGAGAAAGGAUUUCGCUUAGUGACAGACUCUUCUAGUUUAUCCUCUAUUUUGAAAUGGGUAUCACAUGCUGAGGUAAGGAAGCAAACUUACAUAAUAGGAAACUCCGUGCCUCGUGCCAAUCUUUGUGUAAUUGAUAAGCUUAUAUCCAGCCGCCAUGAACUUGCCCAGAUAAUGGGGUGUAGAUCUUAUGCUGAAUUUGCAAUUCGUCCAAAUAUGGCUGCAUCACCUGAUGUUGUCAUGGAUUUUUUGCUCACUCUAAGCAAUAUGGUCAGGCUUAGGGCUGAUGCGGAGUUUAAGUUAAUACAGGAUUACAAGAGGACAGUGGAUAAUGAUCUGCGUGCAGAUCUAGAGCCAUGGGAUGAGGCUUACCUCACAGGAAGGAUGAAAUCUUCGGCAUGUGAUUUAGAUUCUUCAGUAAUUGCAUCAUACUUUCCAACUUUCCAGUGUCUUGAGGGCUUGAAAUUGUUGGUCCAGUCCGUAUUUGGCGUGACAUUCAGCAGCAUGCCGUUUUCUCCCGGAGAGUCAUGGCAUCCAGAUGUCAUGAAAUUGCUACUCCAUCAUCCUCAAGAGGGUGAUUUGGGGUUCCUGUACUUAGAUCUUUACUCCAGGGAUGGUAAAUAUCCAGGCUGUGCACAUUUUGCUGUGAGAGGUGGCCGUCGGUUAUCCGACUCACAAUAUCAACUACCUAUUGUUGCUUUGGUCUGCAAUUUCCCGAGUUCACGAAGAUCAUCAAUUUCAAAGCUUAAUCACUGGGAUGUUGAAACUCUCUUCCAUGAAUUUGGACAUGCUCUUCAUUCACUUUUCUCAAGAACGGAUUAUCAGCACUUCUCGGGCACCAGAGUGGUUCUUGACUUUGCUGAGACCCCCUCAAACCUUUUUGAGUACUACGCAUGGGAUUAUCGUGUCUUAAAAACGUUUGCCAGACACUAUUCAACUGGCGAAGUAAUUCCGGAAAAACUGGUUGAUAGUAUGAAUCGUGCUAGGAACAUGUUUUCUGCUAUGGAGCUGCAACGCCAGAUAUUAUACUCCUUAAUUGACCUGACACUAUUCGGAGAGCAGCCUGCCAGUCCAAUGGAUACAAUUUCCAUUGUUGCCGACCUGAAAAGACAAUGUACCACUUGGAAACAUGUUGAGGGCACACACUGGCAUACUAGAUUCAGUCAUCUUAUAAAUUAUGGAGCUGGUUACUAUAGUUAUCUUUAUGCAAAAUGCUUUGCGGCGACAAUCUGGGAGAAAGUUUGCCGUGAUGAUCCCUUGUGUCUUUCCACUGGAACAGCCAUCAGAACAAAGUUCUUACAACAUGGCGGAGCGAAAGAUCCAUCUUACUUAUUGAGGGAUUUAGCUGGCCACAGCGUUCUCAGAAGCUAUAAUGGUGGGAUUGUUCCAGAUACCAGCAGCCUCUGCAAAGAAAUGAACUUGUGAACCAAUUGUUUGCUCGUUAUUUUCCCUCCUUUCUAGAUUCAGUGGCUGAAGAUAUUGCAGCAUGAAGAGUGUUGAUUCUGAAGACUCUCCAAACAAUUGCUGUGGAUUAUGAGCUUUCUUUUUCUUGCUUGGUGGUUGGAAUGUUGAAGCAACUAUCUAGUAUUUUGAUUUGAUGGAUGGAAUCAUACUUUAAAGAACUGGUACAAAUGCUUAUUUAAUCCAUCCAAGAUUUUAUGAAGAGAAAAUACGUUCACAUAUAGGUCAUACCAAGGAAUCACUGUUCAAAAUGUGUAACUUGUUUGGUUAUUUAAUAACUAGAUAGUCAUAUUUAUUGUCCAUAUAAUCUAUUAAAUGAAUUUUUUUGGGUCAAGUGUUAUUUUAUUCAAGCAGUGUAAUAUUAUCAUUUAGGAUGAUCAAGAAAUUUUAUCCCUUUUUUAACUGUAUAAUUUUAGGCGGUUUAAAUGCAUUUGAUUUGUUCA